AUGGCGGCCGCAGAACAUGUGCUUGCAAUCGAUAAUGAGAAAUCAAUGGAGCUGCCUGUCCUGCCGCCUAACCAAGGCUUCGAGGCGUUCAAAGACAUAAUCUUUGGAUCUGCAGCUGGAAUGGCUGGCAAGGUCAUUGAAUAUCCUUUCGACACUGUGAAAGUGCGGCUUCAAUCACAACCAGCUCAUAUUCCACUUCGGUACCAAGGCCCUUUGGACUGCUUCCGCCAAUCAAUUCAGGCGGAUGGUCUACGAGGGCUCUACCGAGGCAUUAGUGCCCCAAUGGCAGGUGCUGCCAUCGAGAAUAGCUGCCUCUUUUUCAGCUACCGCAUCAUUCAGGAUAUUCUCAGGGCCACCUGCUACCCUACGGCGGAUUCUAUGCCUUUCUCAGCUCUAUUGUUCAGUGGUGCUGCUUCCGGGUCUAUCACCUCACUUGCGCUUACCCCGGUUGAGCUCGUCAAAUGCAAAAUGCAGGUACGACUUGAAGCUUCUAGCAGCAAGAUGCCCGGGCCAUUGACUCUCGUCGCCGCUAUAUUUCGUCAGGACGGUAUUCUUGGUUUUUGGAGGGGCCAGAUGGGAACGUUGAUUCGUGAGACCGGAGGAGGAGCUGCUUGGUUUGGAGGCUAUGAAGGAGUAUCGGCUUUCUUUCGAAAAUACCAUUCAAAAGCAUCGCCUCGCGACUCUGAGUCACUUCCAAUCUAUCAACAAAUGAUCGCGGGGGCCGCGGCGGGUAUAAGCUACAAUUUCCUGUUCUAUCCGGCUGAUACGGUCAAAUCACGGAUGCAGACAGAGGACAUCAAUAGUACAGGAAAUCGUGGUAAGAGGCAAACAUUCUGGAGUGUUGGCAGAGCUUUAUGGAAGCAGCAGGGGCUGAGGGCAUUGUAUCGAGGCUGCGGUAUUACAUGUGCUCGGUCUGCCCCUAGCUCAGCGUUCAUCUUCACUAUUUACGAAGGGUUGCGGAGUUAUUUCUCAUGA